AUGUCAGAACCUGUUAAAUUUUUAAAACUUACCAACUUAACAAAACCUAUUAACGAGUUACAAUUUGCGAAAAGAUGUGCUCGUUGUAUUAGGCAAAAAAAGGGAUGCGACCAUCGUAAAACUUUAGGCCCAUUUAAAUGCACUAAAAAUGGUAAAUUAUAUUUUUUACCUGGCGAUGAGAAUAAAUAUGAGAUAGGAAAAGAGCUUUUUGAAGACCUUUUAAAGAUACAGCUGAAAAAUGGAUUCAACUUGGCUAAAUUCAUGAUUGAAUCUGGUUUAUCGACAGCCUAUGUUCCAUACCAACUUCCUAUGUCUGAGUCUAAUUUAUCUCAACUUCCUACCUCAGAACCCAAUUUAUCGCAACUCCUAUUUCAGAAUUCUAAUACACCUGAACUUGAUUUUUAUCUACAAAAUCAUUAUUAA